UCAGUGGUGAGGAGGGGCUGAAGGAAGGAGAGAAGGAAGGGAGGCAGCGAAGAAGAGCAGGCUGUACGUACCUAGCUGGUCGCGGGGCUUUUCGUCUUUUCGGCCCGGUGGCUGUCAGAGUGUGUGUAUGUGUGUGUAUGUGUGUGCGCGCGUGUGUUCUCGCGCCUGAACCUCUGUACGAGGUCAACAGGAACUAGGAGGAGAAGAGAGAGAACAGAGAAGGAACGACUGGGAUAAAAAAGGAAUAGACAGACAGCUGGUAGCAUUUUUUUUAAAGAAUUGGGAGCAAAAGGAGGCGCAGAGGAGGAGACACUGACUCCUGCUGCCACUGCCGCACACAGUUAACAGUGAGUUAGCUGCACGGCUUCAGGGAGGCAACAGAAGAGCAGGUGGACUUAAAGGUAACCAAGAGAAGGCAGCUCAUAUCAUCACUACCAGGCCAUGGCAGAUCCAGACCUGGACUUCCAGACAGGUGAUGCUGGGGCAUCCUGCACUUACCCCAUGCAGUGCUCAGCCCUGCGCAAAAACGGUCAUGUGGUGCUGAAGGGCCGACCCUGCAAGAUUGUCGAGAUGUCCACCUCCAAGACUGGCAAGCAUGGCCAUGCUAAGGUGCACCUGGUUGGUAUUGACAUCUUCACUGGUAAGAAGUAUGAAGAUAUUUGUCCCUCCACACACAACAUGGACGUCCCCAACAUCAAGAGACUGGAUUACCAGCUCAUUGGGAUCAAAGAUGGCUACCUGUCCCUGUUCCAGGAAAGCGGGGAGGUGAGAGAGGACCUGAAGGUCCCUGAAGGAGACCUGGGCAAAGAGAUAGAGAACAAGCAUGAUGCUGCAGAGGAGAUCAUGAUCACCGUUAUAAGUGCAAUGGAAGAAGAAGCUGCCAUCAGCAUCAAAGCCAUGGGUAAAUAAGCCGCUGCAGGUAAAUACAGAACUCCAGCUCUAUCGACCAGACACGCAGCUGUCCUCAACAUCCCCCAAACACCCAAAACUAGCACCUAACUCAAGCCUGCCUGAAGAAGAGUGUCUGCGUGUGUGUGUUUUAUGGAAGAUUAUGUAUGUGUGUGUGUGGGGGGGGGUGUUACACUACAAGCCACCAGCAUGUGCCAUUCCAGUGCAAGUGUGUGUGACAUCAUGUUGAGUUCAUUGUUUAGGAGUGGAGCAAAGGGGGGAGGCAACUCCAGUCAGCGUUAUUUUGUGAAGCCAGUGUUUUUCAAUCCUGGUCCUCGGUGACCCACUGCCCUGCAUGUUUAACAUGUUUCCCUGCUCGAAAACACCUGAUUCCGAUGAAUGGGUCCUUAUAAGGACUUGUUCGGAGCUUGAAGACGAGCUGACCGUUUGAAUCAAGUGUGUUGGCGCAGGGAAACGUCUAUAUCAGUGGGUAGUGGGUCACUCAGGACCAGGAUUGAAAAACACUGCUAUGAGCAAAGCCAUAUGUUGUUAUUUUCCCCCAAAAUAGUCUCUUUUAAAAGAAAUUCUCAUAGUUACUGUAUGCUUUUUUUUAAAAAAAAAGUAUUUAGAGGAAUUGAAGUGUGUGUGUGUGUCCACUGUCAAGUAUAACUUCUCACAGAUGAAGCUCUUCAAUGUUUCAGUACAGUAUCACGCCAUGAAAUAUCACAACAUUUGAAUGUAGUCACUGUGAUCCACAGCUGCGGCCAAGUGUGUUUGACGUUUAGAUUGAAUCCAGUAGGAGACAGCAUUUUAAAACGACACAAUUAAACAGUAUGCAUAUAAAGUCCAUGUUUUUCCAUAUCACUGCAGUUGUUGUGCAUGUACGUAUAAAUAUCUGUUUGAACGGCACUUGUUAGUUGAAACUUUAAAGACUCACAAUCGACCAAAAAUGUUACUGAGUGAAUGAGUGAAUGACUAUCAGCAGCUGUUACAGUGGAUUUGCCUUCCCCUCAAAGGUCCAGUGUGUAAGAAUUAGUGACAUCUAAUGGUGAGACUGCAGAUUGUAACAAAUGGAGGACUCACCCCUCCCUUUUCCAAGAGUGUCAGGGAACUACGGUGGCCUUCGCAUGCCAGAAGGAAUGGCAGGAGAAAAGAAAUCCAUCUGGGCUGCUGUUGAAACGCGGUGGCCCCCACAAAGCAUGGCCUUUGUUUAAAGGCUGUGAAUACCAAGGGAUUUUUAUUUUAAAGCAGUUAUACAAUGAAACAGACAUAUAGUUAUUAACCCUCCUUAAAUGUUACACACUGGAGUCUGGACCUGUACUUUUUGUUAACACUAUUAUGAGCAUGUGUAUCUUUUUUUGGCACUAUCUGAUAUUAACGAAAGCUUAAAAGUUCAUAAUGUAUUUUUGAGCUUUUUUUUUUCUCCUUUUUCUUUCUGUGGAUUGCACUUUUUUUUUACACUUUUACAGCCUGAUCUGCUUCCUGUCUUUCCCUCUAAGAAACAGCUUGUAGCAUUGUUGUAAUUGUCGGGUCAAACUGUUUUGAUGCACUUUCUCACCUAUAAACUGUGGGCUGUAGAAUCAAGUGUCCACAUGAAUAUAUGUUUAAAGUUGAUGUAUAUGCAAUGUUCCCCCCUCUGCAUGGGGCAAGUUAAAAACUCCUACUCCUUCAUUAAAAUGUUUCUGUGGUGUUUAUUUCUCUCUUCCUUCCUCUGGUUUCUGACUUUUCUUCCCCUUCUCUUCUCUUCUCUUCUCUUCUCUUCUCCUCUCCUCUCCUCUCCUCUCUUCCCUUCCCUUCUCUUCUCUUCCCUCCCAUGCAAUUCUGUUUCAGGGCAAACAAGAUGCACUGGACCUGGGGAAAAGAGGAGGGGAUAUUGCCUCGUCAAUGCUUUUCUCCCUCUUUUUUCUUUCUUUUCGUCUUUGGUUUUCAUACUCUCUCCCUCACUCUUUGGGUUCAAUUAAUUGGAAUGUUUGACUGAAAAAACAAACCAACCUUGACAUCUAUUCACAUAGUAAAACCACAUCUAAGCUCGGAUGUGCAGAUGUAGAAAUGUAGGUGAAGGUCUCUCACUAAUGACUGAGUAGGUCUACAAAUAUUCAGUAGCUACCUACAAUCAGGGGAACGAAAGGCGGCGAUAAUGUCUGGUGUCAGCUAUUUUGUUUUAUCAAGGGCUUCAACUCCAAACCUGCUUUGUUCUGUUGAGGCUUGUUCAGCGUGCGUGUGCCGUACAGGACUGAAGACAUGACUAAGUUUUGUCUUUCCUGUACGCUCAUUUUCUUUGGCAUUGUAUCUGAACGAGUCUGUUCUCCUGCUGUUUGUUUCAUCAAUUGAAACUUGCCUAUUAAACAAAGGUUACCAACAAGGCA